AUGGCUUAUGCCUGUUGCGCGCUUCUGCUCAUCGCUGUCCAACUGGUCGGCCUCGGACGGCCCUCCGGGCUCGGCAGGUGUCCCAAACACAAGUACAUGCAAGACUUCAACAUCACCAAGUUCACAGGUCGAUGGUACGAGAUCGAACGCUCCUUCUACCUGAUGGAACUAACAUCUGCAUGCAUCGAGAUCGACCUCAGCGAGAACGAUCGUGGUCAGAUCGACGUCUCCGUCAGCACCAUAGGAAGAUGGUCUGGAAGCGCAACUGUAAGCCGUGGUGUGGCUACUACCUCCAAACGGCACCCGAGUAUUUUUCUCUUUAAGGUCAGCACCACCUUACCAAACACAGUUGCCAGAUUCUUACCAGGCGCUGGGUUCUACCAAAUCCUCGAUACCGACUACGAAGAUUUCGCAGUGCUCUGGACAUGCACUAGCCUAGGUUUAGCUCAUACAGAUUUAGUUUGGAUUCUUGGCAGAAGUAGAGAACUGAACGUUACAACGAGAGCGAACAUCUACGAUUAUUUGUUGCUUCGUCACAUCGAUUCUGAACGUUUAAUAUUAUCGAGCAACAAUUGUACACUUGAAUAACAAUAAAU